AUGAAAAACAUUUUUUUUUUUGUAUUUCUUGUAUGUUUGUUGAGUUACUUUUGCAACUGUAAAAAAGUAAAGAAAAAUAAAAAUUUAAGAAAUUUAUUGAAAUCAUUAACUAAUAGAGUUGAAACAGAUGAAGGGAAAAAUGAAUAUUCUCGUUUAACUCAAUCACCAAAAAUAGAAAUGAAAUUAUCUAAAAUAAAUUUCAAAACAACAUUGCAAAAUAUUCUUGUUCAACCAUUUUCAGAAAAAGCUAAAGAAUUCAUUUCAAAAACUAAUUAUGAAAUACAAAAAGAAAAAUCAAUACUAGAUGAAAUAAAUAAUUCUAAUUAUAAUUUAAAUAAAAUAGCCAAUAUACUUUUAGGAAGUAAUAAUUUACGACGAAAAAAUAAGUUAAGAAUUAAAUAUUCUCAUUAUUUAGAAGGUGAUGACUUUGGAUUAACUUUUUUUCCAGUAUACAAAACAUUUAAAUCAAAUUCAUCACAUUUUAAAAAUAAUUUAAUUUCUUCUUUGUUAUCUCAUGAAUUAUUAGAAAAAGGAUAUUUAUCAAAUGAACAAAUCUUACGAAAUUCACAAAGAAAAAUGUUGUUUCCUGAAAGAGGCGAUAUAACUUUAGAAACAUAA